GCUGUCGGUAUAAGCUGGCUGUGGUGAGCAUAUACCACGGCCACUCCUCUGACUCACACGCUCACACACAUAGAGACAGGUGUGUGUGGCCAGCAGCACAUACCUCAGCAGCAGGUCGGACAGAUUGUAAAAUAUUUGGAUUUAUUUUUAUUUUUAAUACAUUUUUUUAUAAACAAAACACCGCCAUUAUGUUGUGGACUGCGAGUCAAGUCUUAAGGAAAUUCUCCACCUCGUCCCAUUAUUACCAGAACAAACUCAAGCUAGCUAUAAUCGGCCAGAGCCUGUUCGGACAGGAGGUGUACAGCAACCUGAGGAAGCAGGGUCACAAGGUGGUGGGCGUGUUCACAGUCCCUGACAAGGAUGGCAAGGCUGACCCCCUGGCGGUGGCGGCGGAGAAGGACGGGACGCCUGUGUUCAAGUUCCCACGGUGGCGGGUCAAGGGGAAGCCCAUCCCGGAGGUGGUGGACGCCUACAAGGCGGUGGGCGCCGAGCUCAACGUCAUGCCUUUCUGCUCCCAGUUCAUCCCCAUGAACAUCAUCGACCAGCCCAAGCACGGCUCCAUCAUCUACCACCCCUCCAUCCUGCCGCUGCACAGAGGAGCCUCUGCCAUCAACUGGACCCUGAUCCACGGUGAUAAGAAAGCUGGCUUCACAGUGUUCUGGGCUGAUGAUGGGCUGGACACCGGACCGAUCCUGCUGCAGAGGGAGUGUGCUGUCGAGCCGAACGACACCGUGGACACGCUGUACAACCGCUUCCUCUUCCCAGAGGGCAUCAAGGCUAUGGUGGAGUCGGUGCAGCUUAUCGCUGAUGGAAAGGCCCCUCGAGUUCCCCAGUCAGAGGAAGGAGCAAGCUAUGAGGGCAUUCAGAAGAAAUCCAACGCCAAGAUCAACCUGGCCCAGCCAGCUGAGGCCAUCCACAACUGGAUCCGCGGCCAUGACAAAGUCCCCGGUGCCUGGACUGUCAUUGAUGGUCAGGCAACCAAAGACGUGAACAACAUGACAUUGAAAAUGCCAUACCAGUGUUUCAUCAACGGCCAGUUUGAGGAUGCAGAAGACGGCAAGAGCUACCACACCAUCAACCCCACUGAUGGAUCAGUGAUCUGUAAGGUUUCCUACGCCUCAGUCGGGGACGUGGACCGAGCGGUGGCAGCUGCCAAAGAGGCGUACGAUAACGGACCCUGGGGCAGGAUGAACCCUAGAGACAGAGGAAGUCUGCUUUACAAGCUUGCAGACCUGAUGGAGGAACACCAGGAGGAGCUGGCCACCAUCGAGUCCAUCGACUCGGGGGCUGUGUACACGCUGGCCCUGAAGACGCACGUAGGCAUGUCCAUCCAGACCUUCAGAUACUUUGCCGGCUGGUGUGACAAGAUCCAGGGCAAGACGAUCCCCAUCAACCAAGCCCGGCCCAACCGCAACCUGACCUUCACCAAGAGAGAACCUCUGGGUGUGUGUGCCAUAGUCAUUCCAUGGAACUACCCUCUCAUGAUGUUGGCGUGGAAGAGCGCAGCCUGCCUCGCAGCUGGAAACACACUCGUUCUUAAACCCGCACAGGUCACUCCGUUGACGGCGCUGAAGUUUGCUGAGCUGUCAGUGAAAGCUGGCAUUCCAAAAGGAGUUAUAAACAUUUUGCCGGGCUCAGGUGGCAUGGUGGGACAGCGUUUGUCCGACCACCCAGACAUCCGCAAGCUGGGCUUCACUGGCUCCACACCUAUCGGCAAACAGAUCAUGAAGAGCUGUGCCGUCAGUAACCUGAAGAAGGUUUCUCUGGAGCUUGGAGGGAAGUCGCCUCUCAUCAUCUUCAGUGACUGCGACAUGGACAAGGCUGUUCGCAUGGGCAUGAGCUCUGUGUAUUUCAACAAAGGUGAGAACUGCAUUGCUGCUGGACGUCUGUUUGUGGAGGAGUCCAUUCAUGAUGAGUUCAUCAGCCGAGUGGUGGAAGAGAUCAAGAAGAUGAAAAUUGGAGACCCACUAGAUCGCUCCACAGACCACGGCCCACAGAAUCACAAAGCCCACCUGGACAAGCUGCUGGAGUACUGUGAGGUUGGAAUAAAGGAGGGCGCUACGCUGGUGUACGGAGGCAAACAGGUGGACAGGCCAGGUUAUUUCAUGGAGCCCACUGUGUUCACUGAUGUGGAGGACCACAUGUUCAUCGCCAAAGAGGAGUCCUUCGGCCCCGUCAUGGUGGUGUCCAAAUUCAAAAAUGGCGAUGUGGAAGGAGUGCUGCACAGAGCCAAUGACACAGAGUACGGCCUGGCCUCGGGCGUGUUCACCUGCGACAUCAACAAGGCCAUGUAUGUGAGCGAGCGGCUGGAGGCUGGAACCGUAUUCAUCAACACCUACAAUAAGACCGACGUGGCCUCACCUUUCGGAGGCUUCAAACAGUCCGGCUUCGGCAAAGACCUCGGAGAAGACGCUCUCAUGGAAUACCUCAAGACCAAAGCGGUGACUGUGGAGUACUGAGGUUCUCCUAACAGACUCUGACCCACGACUGAAUAGGAAGGGACUCGUCUGUCCGCUUCGGUCAAACGUCCAGCUUCAUUCAGCAUUGCUUAUGGACAGUGUGUGUAUGAGUGUGUGUACUGUACGAAUGAGAGGAGAGCUUUGUUGUUCGUCUCAGCGUGGACAACGUGCCUGUCUUUUCUUGGCUUUCUAUGUAAAAAUUCACAUCACGGAGAAGAGACCGCCCCUGAGUUGGACUCCCGAGCAGGGUCUGACUGUAUUUCAGCAAGGUUUCAGUUCCAUCAAAGUGUGUUUUAUGUUAAAACACACUCACCAUUUUCAACCUGAAACCUGUUUACCCGUCAUUUAGCAAUCAUGUCAAUCAAUUCUCUUCAAAAUUUGAAAAUCAUCUGAUGUCAAGCCUUUCUAAUUCACUUGUAAUGCUGCCUUCACCAUUCCUUCAAUACCUCUUUGUUUACUCUGUGGAAGCUUCUGCGCUGUUACAUGUCGUAGGCUACUACAACUAGACAACGCUCUUCGUUUAUGGAUUAUGGAUUUAUGGAUUUAUAGAUAAACUCGUGUACAUGAAUGUGAAUGUUGAAGCUUAUGUUUGAGUUUUAGAGUAGCCAGUGCCCUGCCUGACAGGACUCAACUGGAGAGCUGCAACUCGAUGGUAAAGUCAAUUGACCCUAGCUUAGUCCCACCCCUUGUUCUUCUGUGCUCCAAUAACAGUGGAGCAAGCCUCGGCCAGGUUUCUCCUUAUAUGUACUUACAGUAGAUAUGCUAUGCUAGGCUAUGUGCAACAAAGCCUAGCAUAGCAUAUCCAAGUACAGGAAAGGAGAAAGUUGACAAGAGUUUUGACCAUGGCUUGUGCAACUUUUAUUAGAGCACAGAUCAAAAAGGGGGCGGGACUCAGGGGGGUCAGUUGGUGAUGAUGGGAAAACAGGAUUCAGGUGGAAAAGUCUUUGAAAAGAGUUGCAUUUGAUCCACAUAAAAUCAGUUUGAGAAAAUAAUCUUUACUCAAGGCGUACUUAACAGUGUUUUUUUCAAAUCUUUCAACCACAUAUCACAGGUUUCCCCGGCAGAUGACCAUGUGAUGUGGUCAAAAGUUGGGGAAAAAGCAAAGAACGUCAACCUUGAGUUGACGAGUAGGCUGAAAACCAGUGUUUCUCUGCCCCCUCUGUCUGAAAGUUCCAACUCUGUUUCAUAAUCACAUUCUGGGCGUAAUCAGAAGUGUGUACCUGCUCCUUUACCCACACCCUACAGUGAUGUCACGGUGUACUGACACACACUGGAGUACACUUUGAUAUCAAUUCAGCAAGGGGAUAAGUUAAACCAUAAGAGGUGAGCGGCAAAAAGAUGUCAGGGCGUUUUCCUCUAUAAUAUUUUAUCAGACAACUAUUUUGAAGGUCAAGCAUUAACUUUCAUACUUACAUGAAAAUUGGUUGCAGGGAAAGAAGGGAGUUUUAUUCUUAUUGAUUGAAGUCUUAAUGAGGACUGACUUUACGACAGCCAAAUGCAGUUGGAAGAGAACCAUACUUUAGAAUGAUUUCCUACUUUGUAGGUAGACUGGACUUUUCUUUCAGUACACUAUACAAAUCAUCUUUCAGACACAUUAGACAGAGUCACUUUUAUAUUUUAUUUUUAAAUUAUAAUUUUUUUGUGAACACAGCUAUGACAACUGUUAUUUGAGAUUCAGCUGCUUCGUAGCAUCACAUUCACAAGCUAUGUGGUAAGGAAGUCCACGUAUGACGACCAUUCUGCAAUGUUUUAUUAUGAGUAGUAACGGCAGUUUAGUUGUUUCUCACAUAAUAAUGAUUACUAGACAGCUGGCUCUCAAAUCUCAGAUCAGAGCAUCUUACAAUGUUACAACAAAGCACUUAAUGUUCAAAGCUUAGCACUUAGCCAGUGUGACUUUGACGGACUAUAGUAAAAGAAAUAGUUAAUUGUGAUUGAUUAAAUGUCUCAGGCUUGACCUUCAUUUCUAUUCUGAACUGAGUCCGAAUUCGAUGGAUUUUGACAGGGAUCUGAAAGAGGCUUUUUCACACUAACAGUAUUUAGUUGUCACUAAGUCAAGCUACGUUGAGCCAUUUUUAUUUAAUCUCCAGCAUACCCACUCUGGUUGUUUACAUCAUGUCCUUGAAGCUGUCUGUUCCCACAUAACUGUACACAUUCACUCUCUUCCCUUUGUCAAAUUGGACAUUUUUGUAAAUAUUUUUUAACAAAAGAGGGAAAAAGGACUAUUUGAUAUAUUUUUGUCAGACAGAGGAAGACUAUGUUAUAACACUAUAUUAUAUUCGGUAAAGACACACCAGCUAGAUGUUUUUCUGCAUUUCUCACCCAUUGUGGAAAAGGUGAGAGCUGCCCCUCAGUGAACUGUAUGUCUUCAGCUAGUAAUGUCAUACAAUGGAAAAUAAACUUUGAUUUGAACUUUGUUGUA